AUCAUUGAUGGGAGACCUAUGCAAGGUUUGCUUCCUGAUUUCAUAAUUGACAAAGCUGAGACAGUGAAAACUGACUAUUGAAGGCUGCAAGGUGUGAACCUGCACAAGCAGGUACCACUGGCAGGUGCUUGCCAAGAUGUCUAAAACUAACAAGUCAAAGUCUGGGUCCCGUUCGUCUCGGUCCAGGUCUGCCUCGAGGUCCCGGUCCCGCUCCUUCUCCAAGUCCCGCUCCCGGUCCCGCUCCGUCUCACGCUCCAGAAAACGCAGGCUCAGCUCUAGGUCUCGUUCAAGAUCAUAUUCUCCAUCUCAUAACAGAGAAAGGAACCACCCCAGGGUCUAUCAGAACCGGGAUUUCCGAGGCCACAACAGAGGGUACAGGAGACCCUAUUACUUUCGUGGCCGCAACCGUGGGUUCUACCCCUGGGGCCAGUACAACCGAGGGGGCUAUGGGAAUUACCGCUCCAACUGGCAAAACUACCGCCAGGCCUACAGCCCUCGCAGAGGCAGGUCCCGCUCCCGCUCACCCAAGAGAAGGUCUCCUUCACCCAGGUCUAGAAGUCAUUCUAGAAAUUCCGACAAGUCAUCUUCUGAUCGGUCAAGGAGGUCUUCCUCUUCCCGGUCUUCCUCGAAUCAUAGCAGAGUUGAGUCUUCCAAGCGUAAAUCUGGAAAGGAGAAGAAGUCAUCUUCCAAGGACACCCGAGCGUCUCAGGCCGCGGGAGAGAACCAAGGGGAUGAGUCCAAGGAGCAGCCGUUCUCAGGAGCGGCAGCACAGGAUGCAAAGGCAUCUGAGGGAUCAAAACCGUGGCAGGAGGUGGCCACCUACGGUACGAGUUCUGCCUCCAGAGCUUCUGUGUCUGAGCUCAGCCCGAGGGAGCGCAGUCCGGCCUUGAAAAGCCCUCUCCAGUCCGUUGUGGUCAGGCGUCGCUCUCCUCGGCCGAGUCCGCUGCAGAAGUCGAGCCCUCCACUGUCCAACCCCUCCCAGAUGAGCUCUGCUCUGCAAAGCAGCAGCUCCUCCUUCCAGGCUCAGAGUCCCUUUGACCACGGCUCGGCAGGUUUGAGCCCGACGAGGAAGAGCCCUGUGUGCAAAAGCCCAACACCCAUCAGUUCGAUGUAUGGAGCAUCCCAGAAGGAGGAAAGCACAGCUCCUGGAGGAGGAGCCUUCUCCAAGAGGUACCUGGAAGAGCAGAAGGCUGAGAAUGGGAAAGACAAAGAGCAGAAAGUAACAAAUGUUGAAAAAGAAAAAAGUAAAGAAAAAGGGAAUUUCUCUGAGUUGGGAUCAACAGAUGGAAAGGCAAAAUCCGACUCCUAUGCGUCCAAAGCCGACUCGGACAAGGGAUACCGUGGCAGCCAGUCGCCCAAGCGCUACAAGUUCAGGGAUGAUUUUGAUAAGCUCAAGGUCCCAGAAUUCCACAAGGAAAGCCAUUAUGGCAAAGAGGAAACAGAGGAACAGGAAAAGAAAGACAAAGCAAAGGGCCGAAAAGAUUCCGAGUUUGAUGACGAGCCCAAAUUUAUGUCUAAAGUUGUGGCGACUUCGAGUAAAGGUCAAGAAGAGGAUAGGUCAGGAAAGUGGGAAGGUGUGGUCUUCUUCCCUCCUGGGAAAGAGAAACAAAGGAAAUCUGAUGAAAUGGAGGAGGAAAGUUAUUCUGAAAGAUCCAAAAAAGAAGAGAGGCCGACAUCCAAGAGAGCUGAACCAGGUCACAGGGGCUUUGUUCCUGAAAAGAAUUUUAGAGUGACCACUUACAAAUCGAGCCAGGAAAAAAGUUCUUCCCCUUCACCAAGGAAGACUUCUGAGGUUAAGGAGAAACCAGGCACCAAAGUAGAGGGGCUAACUCCUGGCAAAUCUUCCUUCUCCAUUACUCGAGAGGCCCAAGUCAAUAUUCGAAUGGAUUCCUUUGAUGAAGACCUUGCACGUCCAAGUGGCAUUUUGGCUCAGGAACGCAAGCUGUGCCGGGACCUGGUGCACAGCAACAAAAAAGAGCAAGAAUUCCGCUCCAUUUUCCACCACAUUCAGUCUGCUCAGUCCCAACGGAGCCCUUCUGAACUGUUUGCUCAACAUAUAGUGACCAUAGUCCACCAUGUAAGAGAGCACCACUUUGGCUCUUCAGGAAUGACACUGAAUGAACGCUUUACCAAAUAUCUAAAGAAAGGAAUGGAACAGGAUGCAGCUAAAAACAAAAAGAGCCCUGAAAUCCACAGGAGGAUAGAUAUAUCUCCCAGUACUUUUAGAAAACAUGGAUUCUCUCAAGAGGAAUCGAAAAGCCCCAGAGAUCCUGGCUUCAAGGCUGAGGGGAAAUAUAAAGAGGACCCUGUUGACCUGCGCCUUGAUAUUGAACGCCGUAAAAAACAUAAGGAAAGAGAUCUUAAACGGGAUAAGUCCAGGGAGUCGGUGGACUCGAGGGAUUCAAGUCACUCAAGGGAAAGAUCAGCUGAGAAAACGGAGAAAAGUCACAAAGGCUCAAAGAAAAAGAAGCACCGACGGGUACGGGAGAGAUCCAGAUCCAGCUCCUCAUCGUCACGUUCCUCUCACUCAGUCAAAGCAGAGGAGUAUCCUGAGGAGACUGAGGAGAGGGAGGAAAGCACCACAGGCUUUGACAAGUCCCGGCUUGGGACAAAAGAAUUCCCUGGUCCAAAUGAAAGAGGAAGAGCCAGAGGGACCUUUCAAUUCAGAGCCAGAGGGAGAGGAUGGGGCAGAGGCAACUUUUCAGGCAACAAUAACAGCAACAGUGGUGGCAACAACGACUUCCAGAAGCGAAACCGAGAUGAGGAGUGGGAUCCAGAGUACACACCCAAGAGCAAGAAGUACUACUUGCAUGACGACCGGGAGGGCGAAGGCGCGGACAAGUGGGUGAGCAGAGGCCGCGGGCGGGGAGCCUUCCCCCGGGGCAGAGGCCGCUUCAUGUUCCGCAAGUCCAGCACCAGCCCCAAGUGGGCUCACGACAAAUUCAGCGGAGAAGAAGGAGAGAUUGAAGAUGACGAAAGUGGCACAGAAAACAGGGAGGAAAAGGACACCUUGCAGACGACAGCCGAGUAGCCGCAGCGCCGGCGUGUUUGCAGGGCGCCCUGGCAGGAGGGAAGGGGUUCAGCAGCCGCCUGCUGCUGCUGCUGGAGAGUGCCAGGGUGCGCCCGAAGCGCUGAGCCAGAGCCCCGCGAGGAGCUCUGAAACCAUCCCUGAAAAAUCAACUGCAUUUCCAGAGCUCAGCCUCCCCCAGCGUGGACUGGAACUGUGAUCAAUCAUCGAUGCUUGGAUCCACUCGUGGAGUUUCUCUUCCCAAAGACUUUUUCCUUCCGGACUGAGUAGGGUCAGGUUCUGGGUGAGGUCCUGGAUUUCCUCUCUGUGACCUUCGUGAGCGGUCGGUUAUAGUUUUGUUUUGUUUUGUUUUUGAAGCCAAUGUGGAUUUUGGUUUGUGCCCAUCUUAACCUCCCCUCCCUGCCCCCAGUAGUCUUGACUGGUGGUUUGGGGAUUUUUUUUUUUUGUUGUUGUUGUUUCUCUUUUAUAAUUUGAGCUUAGAAAAGGUGAGGGUUAACUCGCCACUUCAAAUUUCCCCUUCAUUCCCUCCCUUCCUACUGUGUAUUCAGUUUUGCUUUUGUUUUGUUUUGUUUUUGUUAAUUCAUACUUUACUUAUUUUAGGCCUUUUUUUCCUUCUGUAGUAACAAUCAAUUAAAAAAUCAUUUUGGAGACUUUUUUUUUUUUUCCCCUUGGUUCUUCAAUAAGAAAACAAUGAAGCAUGUGAAUAAAACAUCUAAAUGUUAACUUGGUGGGACCAAACUGCUAUCUUUUUGGUUUGUUUGUUUUUUGUUUUUUGUUUUUUUUUAAACAAAAAAAAACCCUCCUUUUUUAUGUAACAGUUGAGUUUAGGGCCUUUUAAAAAUUGUUUUCUGUUGGGAGCUAACAGAAUUAGCAUGGUUUAAAAACAAACAAAAAACAGAAGAGUCCCCUCCUUGCCCCCACUGUUUGUGUACACUGUUAGGCCUGGUGUGUGCUGGAGCCCCCUCCCUCCUUCCCCCAACUGCUCGUAGGCAUUUUGUGUUAUCUCCUGGCAGCUGGUUGUGAACUCGAUGCUCUUUCCACCAUCACAUAGUUUUCUAAGGAACUUCAGAA